AUGGCCUUAGCAUAUCUCAGUAAACAAUGGGAAAAGAGUCGGCCGAAUGAUAUAUCCGUCACGGCAUUCGUCGUCGACCACAAAGCGAGAGAAGAGAGUACUCGCGAAGCUAAUACGGUUUCACAAUGGCUCCAAGACAUCGGUAUCUAUGCUUCUCCAUACACUCUAGCAUUCAAUACUAAACAAAUGCUAACCAGAAAAUUAGGAGUCAAGUCCGAGAUCCUGGAACUGACCUGGCCUGAAAGCACCAAGUCACCAUCUAAAGUGACCGCAUUCGAGACGCACGCCCGCAGACUCCGUUUCCAAGCACUGGGCAAAGCAUGUCGAGACCGCCAGAUCGAAGCCCUCUUAAUGGGCCACCACCAAGACGAUACCGUCGAGACGACCCUCUGGCGACUUUGUACCGGAGCCAAAGGCGCCGGUCUAGCAGGUAUCCCCGAGGUGACACGCAUCCCCGAAUGCCACGGUAUCUACGGUGUCUCUGAGAGUGGAUCCUCAUACACGAUCCCAUCCAGACCUCAACGUAGUUCAGCCCAGGCGAGAAACGACACCACCGUCUCAACAGGCGGAAUCUUAAUCUGUCGCCCUCUCCUCCCCUUCCCCAAAUCCAGCCUUCUAGCAACCUGUCAUGAAAACAACAUCCCCUACGUCUCUGACCCUACAAACUUCGACCCAACCCUAACUCCCCGCAACGCAAUCCGUAGUCUCCUGGCUGAGGAUAAACUCCCAAAGGCCCUCCAAGGCCCUUCUAUCCUCUCUCUGAUUAAGUCAAGUCAAUCUCUCCUCCGGAACUCAACCUCCCUCUCAAACACCCUCCUCACCUUCUGCAAAAUCAACCAUCUAAAUCUCCCCGCGGGAACAAUCACCCUCACAUUCCCCUCAAACCCAAUAAACCCAACCUCCUUCCUCAACACCGUCCCCAACAAAGCCGAAACCAAAGGCAAAGAAACCCAAAGAACUCACCAAAUCAAAUGUCUCACCCUCCGCCGAAUAACCGACCUCCUAGCCCCAUUCCCCGAGAACCACUUCCCACUCCGCAGUUACGAGUCCUUCACAGACCUUGUAUUUCCACCACAGGACCAACCAGUCCCCCAAAAGAGGAAACCGUUCACGUUAGGCGGGGUGAUGUUCCAACCGGUGAAUACGAAGGGAGACCAAGACACAACAAGUACUGAAGCAGAUCAAAGUGUCCAGAGUGGUAAUACCUGGCUCUUAUCCCGUCAACCGUUCAUGCGGAAUCGGUUACCGAGUCUUCGGGUUGAGGUUCCUGUUUCGGGGCUUUCGGUGGGUUAUACGUCCUGGAUGCUUUGGGAUAAUCGGUUUUGGGUGCGAUUUGGGUUCACACCCGGACAAGGGUCUUGUGGAGCUGGGGUUGAGGUGGCUGAGGAUACUUCUAAAGGGGAGGUGAUGUCCCUGCUUGUUCGGCCGUUGCAGCCGUCGGAUUUACAGGUGAUUCGACGGGUUGUUGAUGAGCGGGGAGGGCGUUCGGAGAAGAAGAAAAAGAAGAUGGAUCCUGCUUUGGCUGGGUUAUUGGAUCGGCUUGGGCAGGAAGCGCCGGGUCUGACUCGGUUUACGCUUCCCAUGGUGGUAAUUGAGAAGGGUUUUUGUGGACUUGAGUAUGACUUGCCGGUGGGGUUGCCAACGCUGGAUUUGUGGUUUCCUGGGAUGUGGGAGUCUUUGCAGAUGUCUGGGAGAUUACGGUGGGAGUGGAUGUAUAAGAUGAUUGACAACGAGCCGGUGGAAUUGAUGGGCUGGCUGUAA